UAACCACAGCCCACGCCGAGAGGACGUUCGCGGAGCGCCGCUUUAGAGCUGCUCGUGUGCCGGUGGAAAGAGCCGAGCGGCCAAAGACGGACUCGGCCAUUUGAAAUGCUCAGUGAGCUGCGAUAAAACCGGGGUCUCAACAUUUCAGGCCUUUGAGUCAAGACUGAAUGAAAGACUGAACUUAGCCUCUUCUCAGUAGCCAGCCUCCAAGAAGUUGCUGACGUCUAUGGACAGGCCCCUUGGGACUUUGGAGGCUGUUUGCACGGGCAGGUGAAGCCAAGAGGACUUUGGCUGAAGAAAGCUCUCACCACAGUUAUGGACCGUGGUUCUUUAAGAAGCCAAUGAAGAACGUCAUUAUGGACUUACAAAUCAUGCUGUGGAGAUUUAAGCUCAGAACUGCCUGAACACAAUCACUCCUUGGGUGUCUCCCUUCCCUUUUCGUUUUAGAAGAAUCCACAUAGCUGGAGAUGGGUCUGUUUGUGUCUCCCUUCAAUAACCUGCUGUGCAUGCUCCUGGGCAUCUCCUUCACUGUUUGGUUCACUCUGCUGCUGGUCUUCAUCAUCGUGCCGGCUGUGUUUGGCGUGUCCUUCGGCAUUCGCAGGCUUUACAUGAAGUCCCUGCUCAAGGUGUUUGAGUGGGCCACGUUGCGGAUCGAGAGAGGAGCCAAGGAGAAGAAUCAUCACCUGUAUAAACCCAAUGCUAAUGGCAUCAUAGCCAAAGAGCCCACCUCUCUGGAAGAGGAGCUGAAAGAGAUCCGUCGCAGUGGCAGCAGCCGAGACCUGAAUGGCUCCUCCUCCACAUCCACAGGCCCCGGUCCUUCGUCCUCAGAAUUCGCCAUGUCGGACAUCUUCUACUUCUGCCGGCGCGGUGUUGAGAGCAUCGUGGAUGAUGAGGUGACCAAGCGCUUCACAGCCGAAGAGCUAGAAUCAUGGAACCUGCUGACGCGCAGCAACUACAACGUCCAGCACAUCAGCACACGGCUCACUGUGCUGUGGGGGCUGGGGGUGGUCAUCCGCUACUGUUUCCUCCUCCCUCUCAGGUUGACGCUAGCCAUCACUGGGGUGACACUAUUGGUUGUCUUCACCACCAUAAUUGGAUUUCUGCCCAAUGGGAGUAGUCCUGUGUUGACCUUGAGGACAAAGGAACUGUGCCAGGAGUUUGCCUUUUCUCCCAGGAUGAAGAAUUUUCUCAGUGAGAAAGUGCAUUUGAUGUGUUACCGCAUUUGUGUGAGAGCCCUUACUGCCAUCAUCACUUAUCAUCACAGUGAAAACAAGCCUAAGAAUGGAGGAAUCUGUGUUGCCAACCACACGUCUCCCAUCGAUGUCAUCAUACUAGCCAGUGAUGGCUGCUAUGCAAUGGUUGGACAGAUCCAUGGAGGUCUGAUGGGGGUUAUCCAGAGGUCAAUGGUGAAAGCUUGUCCACAUAUCUGGUUUGAACGCUCUGAAGUCAAAGAUCGCCAUCUGGUGGCCAAAAGACUGAGCGAUCAUGUAGAGGACAAAAGCAAACUGCCGAUCCUCAUCUUUCCUGAAGGUACCUGCAUCAACAACACAUCUGUCAUGAUGUUUAAGAAGGGAAGCUUUGAAAUCGCCUCUACCAUCUACCCUGUGGCCAUCAAGUAUGACCCUCGCUUUGGAGAUGCUUUCUGGAACAGCAGUAAGUUCGGCAUGGUGAAUUACCUCCUCCACAUGAUGAGCAGUUGGGCCAUCGUGUGCAGUGUGUGGUACCUGCCCCCCAUGAACCGACAGGAAGGGGAGGACGCUGUGCAGUUUGCUAACAGGGUGAAGGCGGCCAUCGCCAGACAGGGCGGCCUGGUGGACUUGCUGUGGGACGGUGGCUUAAAACGGAGCAAAGUGAAAGAAACCUUCAAAGAAGAGCAACAGAAACUGUACAGCAGGAUUUUGGUGGGAACUCACGAAGACCGCAGUCGCUCCUGAUGACCCCAGAGGCGAACGGCGAGCGAGAGGAAAAUGCACUUCAUCAGAAAAACCGAAAACAUCAGCAGGAUUAUGCAGCCAGCCGACUCUUUAAAGGUCUCAUUUCCGUUGUCGCGACUGAAACAGGAUUUGCUUUUCAUUCAGGUCCUGCUUUUGUCAUCAUACUCCAAUUAUUACCUCUCAUUCACUAAUCAAUAGAAAAUCCUGGUGUAAUUCAGUAACCUCAUCAGUUUGUAAGGGUUCCAUGACUGUUUCCACCUCUAAGACAAACAGGUCACUAUCAACACUGUCAAUUGGGUCAAUUCGACAACAGAACUGUUGCUUGGCAACUGUGAUGUACUGGGUUUUUUGUCUGCACAGUGUAUUUGUUACAUUUACUUUUUUUACAUUUACACUCUAUUUAUUAUAGUCAUCGUUUAGUCUUACUGUUCUCACUACUGUCUUUGCUAUUAUGUGAAAGGAAGAUUAAGCAUAAAAGAGCUGCUUACGGGGAAGAGAAUUCCACACACGAAAUAUAAAUGUGUCUUCACAUAUAUUUGUUGUCAACUUUAGCUAAUGGGAAUUAGCUAGUACCUUUCAUUAGAGCUGCAUGAUAUGGACAAAAUACCAUAUUGUGAUUAUAUUGCUAAACAUUACAAUAGCAAUCGAUGUGGCAUGAUUAUUGAUUGGCCGGCUUUAUUUUGACCAAAACAGUCUUUAUUUGAAAACCCUUUUUUGAAAAUGUGAAUGACUCCAUUCAUCAGAAAGAUUCAGUAGCACAAAAUACUGAUCACAAAUUAUAUAUUGUGCAGCUCUAAGUCACAUUAUUGUGAACCUUAUUGAUGAUUUAACCAUUAUUUUGUUUAAUUGUUAAUGCUGUAUUGUGAUUGGAUGUUCCUUCUUUAUUUAUGGUCUGUUACUUUUUUUUUCCUUAUGAAACCAUAGAAAUGGCUAGAAGGUCUCACCUCCUCUUGAUGGUUGCGAAAUUCAGCUUCACUGUUGGCUAACACCCGGGCUGUAAUUCUUCAUCACUUAACUAGAUAACCACAUUGCCUUGUAGAAGGCUUAACGAUACUGGCCAAAGAAAUGGCCAGUUGAAAACGUAGAAAGGGUGUGUUCCUGAGGCAAAGCAGCGACUGUGAGUGAAGGGAUUAAAGCAACACAUGCUUAAGGGUGUUGAUGGUUUGGGGGAUAUCAGCAUAUUUCAUAAUGCUUAUUUUUGAUAUUUACUAGGGAUGCACAAUGAUAUUGGAUACAUGUCACUAUUGGCGGAUAACUGCUUACAAAACAUCAUCAACAUUGGGUGGAUGUUUAGGUUUUAGAUGGAUAUUUCUAUUUAAGACAUAUUUGUUGUGUUCUGUAAAAGCAGAAUGUUUAUGCCACACUGGGCUACUGACCUAAAAUGUCUUUUUUUUAUUGUAUUUGUAAAAUAAUUUUUAUAUUUCUCCACAUUGUGAGUCCAGCUACAUAUAGUCCCACUUUCUACGUCUUUAGAAAUGUUUCACUAUAGGCUGUAAGACUCCGAGACCAACCUUCAUUUAUUCAAUUUCCAGUCAAACUGGACAUUAAUUACAAAUUGUUCAUUUUUACAGAGAUAUUUCUGAGGAAAUUAGAUAUAAGAUAAUCCACUGGCAUAAUGUGCAGUGAGAAGACAACUGUAUGCUCUGAAAGGAUGUGCAGCUGUCAAGAAGCCAUUACUGAGAACAGGAAAAAAGAAGACAAAGAAUCUGCUGGUGUUUUCAGUACAAUGGACUGACCACCCCAGAGACCAGACCUCAGUCACUGAAUGUGGGAUAACUUGGAUCAUGAGAAGCAGUAAAUACAACUUUACAAAAAUACAACUUCUACGACUGAACUUUGGAGGUGUGGAAAAAUAUCUCCGCAGAUUUCUUUGAAAAACUGAAAGAGAGUCUCCUGAAAAGAAUGGAAGCUCUAAUAAGGGCAAAGAGUGGAUACACCAAAGACUGAAAAAGUUGAUAUUAUAUUUAGUCGUUGAGACAUCUGUUUUCGUUAAAUAUAAGAGUUUUUCUUCCUGAAAAUUUGUGACCACACAUGGAAAAAAAUGAAGGUUGGUCUCUGACUUUUCCACAGUACUAUAUGCUCAUGAUAAAUAUUAGAAAUUCCCAUAUCAGUGCAUCCCUGGUCCUUACAAAUAGUGUAAAUGUACCAUAAGAAUAUAUUUGACCAUGUAGAAUUUUGUUCAGUUCGCCAGUUUGUGCAAGCCUUUUAUGUUACUGUCCAAAGCACACUACUAAGAUACCUUCUGUCAGAUCCAAGAACCCCGGCCUGCCCUCUCUUUGCUGCAAAACUUUGACAUAGAGCCUGGUGGUAAACUCAAGGAGGCACGUACGCACGCUAAUUAAGGACAUGGUUAAAUGCAACACAAUUGCCCUACUUUUGGCCUACUUGGCUCUUUUCUGGAGGAUAUUUAAGCCCCAUGUUGAGACCAGAAAGUAGUCUGUUUUGUUUCUGCAUUAAAACUAAUGUAGUUGCUGUAUAUAGUGCACCAUGUAAAAGUAUAGCACAAAUAUGGAUGUUCUAUUCCUGUAUUCAGCAGGAGUGCAGCAAGCAAGCAGAAGAACCCAGUGAAAAAGAAUGCCAGUCUGAGUGCCCAGAUGAAUGCCCUCUAAGGUGGCAUGAGCUCAUUCAGUAGCAGCUUGCAGGAGGGCUUCAGUUAAUGGUUCCAAACUGCAAACACUGUUCUACGUCUACCUCUACAGUUCACCUGUGCCUAGGCACCAAAGGACACUUAGCAUUAAAUGGCACUAAUAUCCUUGUUUUGGCUCACUCUUACCUGAUUUGACACCUAUCGUGUCAAACUAAGUCUUUUUCUGGUCAACUUUAUGCAUCUGUAUGCGUUUCCUCAAAGAUGUUUGGACCCCUUACCUGAAAUGUGCAUGCUUUAGAUGCAUUAUGUCUCCCAGCGAAGAGUUCGGCCUUAGAGGGUAAAAUGAAGAUCUCUGUGAAGCUCCAUGUGGAGGGAUCUAGUGAUCAUCUGAGUCAGUCUGAUUUUAGGCCUUGUUCCAAUUCACUGAAACCAUGGGAAGUCUGCCUAGAGUGUACUAGGGGUGUAAAGAUGUAUUCAGCUGCAUUGUAUUUGUAAUGGUAUAAUUGAUUAUAAUUACAUUCAAUAAAGAAUGCAUUCAUUUUUUUAGCCAAGAUAAAGUUCUCUAGCUAUUUUCAAAUACAUUGCCGCACAAAACCACCCAUCAGUUAUUUAGUUUCAAACAAAAGGGCCAUCGUGUACAAGUGAUUUCCAGGAGAUAUUUAGGUAUUAGAAUUCAAAAGAGUCUAAUUGUUUAAGGAAGGGGAGAGUCAAAGAAAAAUAAAAGGAAAAAAACAGGAGUUCCCAAGAAGUUGUCGAUGCAGAGUAAAUGAAACACAAAACUGUCUCCAUCAGAUUAACAGCUCUUAUCAGCACUUGAAGCUUUCAUUGCUCCACUCUUACUUCAGAUCUGAAGAAAUCCUCUGGUGUUUCUCAGUGCUGUUAGUCUGAAAGGAUGUGCAGCUGUCAAGAAGUCCUUACUGAGAAAAGCACAGACAAAAAUUAAGGUGUUAUCUUCUGGUGUUCUCAAAACAAUAGACUGACCACAGUCCAGACCGCAGCAUGGCCAAAUGUGUUUGGGAUUGCUUGGAUUGUAAGAAGGAGAAAAUACAACCGAGUUUUAAGACUGAACUUGUUUGGCAAAAGUUCUGUAUUUUUAUGACACUGAAAAAUGAAUAACUGGUACUUGUUGGCCAUUUUGACUGGAAGUGAAGGGUGGUCUCUGACUUUGCAUAGUACUGUGUGGACAUGAAAAAUAUCAGAUAACAGUCUCUUCCAGUCACAUUUGUAUUUGUGGGUUUUCUGUAUUUUUAAAAAUAAUUCGGAAUUGUUCCAUGUUGAAUUUUCAGAUUUCAUUAUGCUUAAAAAAAGUAUAAUUACAUUGUUAUAAAGUCAGAGAUUUACACCCCUAGAGGAUACACUUAAAAAUAUAUUUGCCAAAGCUACUUUCUGACCUAUCUGCUUUGAUUAGUCAGUGAUUCCUACCUUGAUUAUAAACACGCACAGCACAGUAAACACUUCCCUACAAAACUAGCUUGCAGAACUAAGCCUUGGCUAAAUAGAGAAAGGAAGUGUAGGAGGCCUAAGUUGUCUUAGGAUUGGAGCAGUGCCACUUUAUAUUGGCUUUAGCUGUUCAUGUGGGUGUGUGGGUGUGGGUGUGUGGGUGUGUGUGUGUGUGCUGACUGUGUAAUUUGCUUCAAUACUGCCAGUGACUUGACUGCUGCCAGGCUCUAAAAAACAACAUCUUUUAUCCUUCCCUUCUAGCAUUCGCAAAGCUGAAUCUCAAACCUCCCCCCACCAAAAAAACAUCACAAGUGCAUAAGUCAUACUGAAUAUGGAUGAACUUGUCAAACCAGUCAAUAAAAACAAUCUUGCAAAGUUUU